AUGGACGCCCUCACCAACGUCUAUCAUGGCCAUCCCAAGGCCGUCCUCUUCUCGACGGCUGCCGCGCUCCGAAUUCUCCUCGCCUUGACCUUUGCUGGACUCCCUGACCUCUUGACAGGCCGAGUAGAGAUCUCGACUCCUGUCAACAGCUUUAAAAGAUUGCAGGAAGGAUUGUUUCUAUAUGAUCGAGGACUCGACCCCUACGAUGGUGGCAUUUUCCACCAGGCGCCCCUGCUUUUACCUCUCUUUUCGCUGCUACCGUCGCCAGCGACUUGGGUAGGACGAAUAGCAAGUGUGCUGCUAUUUACCGCAUUGGACGUGCUCUCCGCAGACUGCCUGUACGACAUCGCCAAGUCAGGCGCGGCGGCGAUCUCAUCAUUAUACUGCUCUCCACGGGCGGAUCGAUCAUGGCAACCCGAAUCUGUCAUUGCAGUCUACCUGUUCAACCCAUUCACGCUAUUGGCCUGCUUGGGACGUCCGACGACAAGCUUCACAAUCUUCUUCGUGUUGCUCAGCGUAAGACAUGCGUGCGAAGCUAAAUUCACAACCACUGCUUUCGCAUUGGCUAUCGCAAGCUACAUCAGCCUGCACCCUGCUUUGCUAUUGCCGCCCAUAGGACUUUUAUGCUACGACCGACUUUGCCACAAGGAGAUUGGGGCCAGCAUACAAUCAGAAAAGCCAGGAGCAACUCCUGAGAGCACACCGUCCACGAAGGUCGCUGUGGAUCAAAGGUCGCUUCCAGCUGCACUGCCCUUUGCCGUACUUCUGGCGGUGACAUUCUUUGCUGGAACAGCUUUUCUGAUAGGCCUCUCGCGGCUGCUUCUCCCCUCGUGGAAUUUCAUUCCGUCCGUCUACCUUACUCCCUUGAGCCUUCCAGAUCUUACCCCCAACCCAGGAUUGUGGUGGUACUUCUUCAUCGAGAUGUUCGAUGCAUUUCGAGAAUUCUUCCUAGGGGUCUUCUGGCUACACAUGCUAUCAUACAGUGUGCCAUUCUGCCUGCGAUUUCGGAAGCAGCCCUUGGUGGCGGUUGUGCUUAUGAUGGGGAUCAUCGCAGUGUUCCAACCGUACGCGAAUGUUGGGGACGCGGGCGCUUGGUUGAGCUGCCUGUGCCUGCUUGGUCACAUUUAUGAAGUGUGCUCGACUCACCGAUAUACAUUUCCGGCGCUGGCGGCCUUGCUCUACACCUCGCUCCUGGGGCCAGCCUUCCACCACCUGUGGAUAUAUGCAGGAUCAGGCAAUGCAAACUUUUUUUAUGCCAUCACAUUGGUGUGGAGUCUGGCGCUGCUCAUACUACUUACAGACAUGGUGUACGCGGCAUUGAGAGACGAGUGGGAAGCCGAGCGACCAGGAGGCAAAGGCAAAGAAGUUCGCCAGAUAUAG